UCCGUCUGUAUGAUUGUGUGACCAGGCAUGCGCUCGCAUCUGAGAACCAACCGACGCUGAGUAGGGAGCGGAUGAAGAAGCGUUUGGUGGCAUCUGCGAACUCCCGACCACUCCGCUUACUAUUGGCAACGGAAAGACGGUAGUCUCGACAGAUACAGCGGACACCUGACACUCAGCAACAGAAGGCCAGCAUAAUACAUUUAGCUGUAAAAAGCAACAACAGUCUUUGCUGGAUAAAGACAGCAUUCACACAUAAGGACGGACGCCGGUGCUGAAGCUCAGCUGCGACUAGGGAGGUGUAGACGGCAAUACUCAGAUCUCAUUUGCCUGUGAUGAGAAUCGCCAUCCACCAGAGAUCUAAGGAGAGCAGACCGCUGUCCAGGCCUAUACAUCACCACACACACAAACACACAGGCGUGCCCCCGUCAUUGUCUCCUCUGAAAGGAAGAGGAAGUGAUGUCACGUCACCACAACCGCUUCGAGAGGGAGUACCGGGGGAUGCCCUGGGAGAGGCGGGACAUCAUCCGUCCGGCUGGCCUACUCAACGGAUCGGGAGCCAAUAACAGCUGCCCAGCCGUCAACGGUAACAACCGCCCGGGACUCCUCCCACUGCCCGUCAUCCCUUCCCUCCUGCCAACCCCGGUUACUGUUGCCGUGACGACAUCGAGUGGUGGUGGUGACAUGGUUGUCAAGCGCCAAGGAGGGGUCACAGUCACGGCCGCUGGCGCUGCCAAGGUAUCAGGUGUGUCUCCAGGGGAGAGGGAGAGCCAGGCUCCAGGUCUGCUGUUAGCUCCAGGGGUGAGGUGGGGACAGACACCCAUCAACCAGCUCACACCCUGGGAGACUGAUGAACCCCCUGCCAAACAACAGCACAGAGACUGUGAACCCAUAGGUCCUCCAUGGGUACCUUCUGUAGCAGCAGUGACCAAGUCUAGUCUCCUGCCCCACUCCUACCCCCUCCAGCCCCCCUCCUUUAGCCACAGUGUCACUGUCCAGUGCCCUAUUAUAGGUCUGACUCCCUCCAUCCAGUCACCCAUGCCCCUCCACCCCCACCCACUCAUGACAGCCCACUUCCAGCUACCCCCGCACUCCACCGCCCACCAACCCCCCGCCAUGGUGCUCAAAAUGCCCUACCAGCCACCCUAUCCCUUGGCCCAGCCCCCUGUCUUCUCCUCGCCCCUCUCUACCCCCUCAGGUGGGCCCAGGGGAGCACACCCCAACCAACAAAACCACAGAGUGAUGGGGAACGGUCAUCAGACGCCUCACCCCCCUCCUCACCAGUCUCACCUAACUCACCUAACUCACCCUCUCAUACAGCCCCAUGCCCUGCCUCUGACCAAUGGGCAGUUGGCGCGGCUAGUUCCUCCUACUCCAGUAGCCAAUCAGGAUGGUCCUAGAGGGCCCAAUGGGCUGCAGAUGCUGAGGACGGUGGGGUUGGGAAAGUACGAGUUCACAGACCCAGGACAUCCUAAAGAGAUGUUGAAGGAGUUGAACCAACAGCGCAGAGCGAAAGAGUUUACAGACCUGAAAAUAAUUGUUGAAGGCAAAGAGUUUGAAGUCCACCAAAAUGUUCUAGCUUCCUGCAGUCUUUAUUUCAAGGACCUGGUGAAAAGGUCGUCAGGGGAGACGAGGAGCGGGGAGAAGCUAGAGCUGCAGAUGAGCAACAUUGGAGCUGACGUGUUGGAGCUGUUGCUGGAGUUUGUCUACACGGGCUCUCUGGUCAUAGACUCAGCUAACGCCAAGACACUGCUAGAGGCCGCCAACAAGUUCCAAUUCAACACCUUCUGCAAAGUCGGUGUGUCCUUCCUAGAGAAACAGCUAACAGCAGGGAACUGUCUAGGUGUGCUGGGCAUGGCUGAGGCUAUGCGAUGUACAGAGCUCCACAACAUGGCCAAAGCCUUUGCACUCCAGAACUUCCCUGAGGCGGCAGGUCAGGAGGAGAUUCUGAAUGUGUCUAAGGAGGACCUGGUGGCCUACCUGUCUAAUGACAGCCUCAAUACCAAGACUGAGGAACUGGUCUACGAGACUGCAAUCAAUUGGAUCAAACGAGACCCCACCUCCAGAGUACAGCAUGUAUCAGAGUUAUUAGCAGUGGUGCGUCUUCCCUUCAUCCACCCGUCCUACCUGCUGAACGUUGUGGACAACGAGGAGUUAAUAAAGACGUCGGAGGCGUGUCGAGACCUGGUCAACGAGGCCAAGAGGUAUCACAUGUUACCUCACGCCAGACAGGAGAUGCAGACACCUAGGACACGACCACGGCUAUCUGCAGGUGUGGCGGAGGUGAUAGUGUUAAUCGGUGGGCGCCAGGCCAUCGGUAUGAACCAGCGAUCUCUGACUGCCGUGACGUGUUUUAACCCUCAGAACAGUAAGUGGUACCCACUGGCCAGCCUGCCCUUCUACGACAGAGAGUUAUUCAGCGUCAUCUCAGCAGGGGACAACAUCUACCUAUCAGGCGGGACAGAGUCGGGUGUGACGGUAACUGAUGUGUGGUGCUACAUGUCUCUGUUGGACAACUGGAACCUGGUGUCUCGUAUGACGGUGCCUCGCUGCAGACACAACAGUCUGGUGUACGACGGGAAACUCUAUACCAUUGGAGGACUGGGCGUGUCAGGAAACCUGAACCAUGUAGAGAGGUAUGACACCAUAACCAACCAGUGGGAGACUGUCUCCCCGCUCCCCAAGCCGGUGCACUCUGCAGCAGCCACGGUGUGCGGGGAGAAGGUGUAUGUGUUUGGAGGGGUGAACGAGGCGGGCCGAUCGGCGGGAGUACUGCAGUCAUACGUCCCUCAGACCAACUCCUGGAGCUUCAUAGAGUCACCCAUGAUAGAUAAUAAGUAUGCCCCAGCGGUCACUCUGAAUGGGCACAUCUUUAUUCUGGGAGGAGCCUAUGCCCGGGCCAUCACCAUCUAUGACCCAGACAAAGGAAACAUCAAAGCUGGACCCAACAUGAACCACUCACGACAGUUCUGCAGUUCUGCAGGUACAAACCCAUAUGAACCACUCACGGCAGUUCUGCAGGUACAAACCCAUACGAACCAAUAUGAACCACUCCGGACAGUUCUGCAGGUAAGAACCCAUACGAACCAAUAUGAACCACUCAUGACAGUUCUGCAGGUACGAACCCAUACGAACCAAUAUGAACCACUCACGACAGUUCUGCAGGUACAAACCCACAUGAACCAAUAUGAACCACUCACGGCAUUUCUGCAGGUACAAACCCAUACGAACCAAUAUGAACCACUCCAGACAGUUCUGCAGGUAAGAACCCAUACGAACCAAUAUGAACCACUCACGACAGUUCUACAGGUACAAACCCAUAUGAACCAAUAUGAACCACUCACGACAGUUCUGCAGGUAAGAACCCAUACGCACCAAUAUGAACCACUCACGGAAGUUCUGCAGGUAAGAACCCAUACGAACCAAUAUGAACCACUCACGACAGUUCUGCAGGUACGAACCCAUACGAACCAAUAUGAACCACUCACGACAGUUCUGCAGGUACAAACCCAUAUGAACCAAUAUGAACCACUCACGGCAGUUCUGCAGGUACAAACCCAUACGAACCAAUAUGAACCACUCCGGACAGUUCUGCAGUGCGGUGAUCCUGGAUGGUAAGAUCUACGCAACGGGGGGCAUUGUGAGCAGCGAGGGUCCUGCCCUGGGCAACAUGGAGAUCUUUGACCCCCACACCAACAACUGGACGCUCUUCCAGUCACUGCCCUGCCCUCUCUUCAGACACGGCUGUGUCGUCAUCAAGAAGUACAUCCAGAGUGGCUGAGAUCGGUUCAGUCAUGAAUGAGUUUCCUGAAAGCUUUGUAGCCAAUGUGGCUUUAUUUUUUCUGGACAACCCAGACCCACGCCUCUUGUAGAAGAGCAAAGUGCUUCAGCUUCAUUUGGCGAAUUUUGUUCACUUUUCCCCCAGAACUGUCAAACAUUUACAAUUAUUGUUAGUCUCUUUCUGCUGUGGAGCUGGGUUAUCGAGAGAAACAAAGUGUCAUGAUAGCUAUGAAGCUUUUGGAAAACUCCCCCCUGACCGGUUUGGUCUGGUUAGGACAGGACACUCUGUGUGCAGCUUUUGGGGGUCGAUCGGUCAGCACCGCUGGACUGGACUAUCCAACUAAAACCCCCUCGGGACUUGAUGCCAGUGUUGUUGUCUUUACCCCCCCCCACCCCUUCAGUCCCCCAUCAACCCCCUGUGCAGAAUGUAGGCAUCUUACUGUAUCUUGAUCCACUUGGCCAUGUCAGGUACUGGUGCCUAAGCUACUGUAUGUAUCAUAUAGUGUAGCUUAACCCCUCCCCCCCCACCCCCCACAUAAUAUAGGCACAGGGCCACUCGAGACUAAAGCUCCUUGGUUUGUUGUUCCCAACUUCUUGUUAACUCCUCUUCCGUUUCACACAAAUAGUUAAUUUAGUUCCAUCGCCUCAAUUGAAAUUGAAAGGCCCUUAUCUGUUAUGUGUUUGUGACUCAAGUAUGUUAAAAGCCAUCCCAGUCUUUGUUCUGUGACUCCUCUAGUGGUUUAUGUUAAUGAGGAACUUCUUUUUCCAAAUCAGAGGGCUCCCUUCGUUUAUGAGAACAUUCAGUAGGCAUUAGAAGGACAGGAGAACUGGGCAGAUGUCUCAGUGCUUAAAGGGACAGUGGAGAGAUGAGGGGACAUCAGAGAUAAGGAAGUCCACAGGGUUUUAGAAACAUAUUCAUGAAACAAAAAUCUGUGACGAGAGAGCCACAGUUGAUGAGUGAGGAGCCUUGUUUUUUGUAUAGAUGUUGUUUCCCCGGUUUAAAAGGACACGUUGGAUACUUGCAGUCUCUUUUUGGGCCAGAAACAUCACUGUUGGCAGAUGACUUACCUGGGAAUGGCAGAGAGGGAAUCCCUUUAUCAUGACAUCCCAGAGAGUCUGAGAAAGACACUACAUUGGGGCAUUUCUCCUCCACACAGCCAAAGCACAAUAACCACCAGUGGCUCCAAGGAUCAAAAUGUUUCACUAGAUUUAUGUUUAUCCUCCAUCCUUUUGUUUUAUAUUUGUAUAUCAUUGUUGGGUGGGUGGGGUAUGGAUGAGGGUUUUGGGGACAUUCUGUAAAUACGGGAAGGAAAAUGUAUAUUUUAAAACCUGAAGGUGAUUCUGUAUAAAUGUUUUUAGAAAAAGAACUUGAUAGGUUGGACUGAAAAUGGUGGGGCCAUACUUGCGACUAUUAGAAAACGUUUAAGGGCUCUAUUCAAUCCGCGUUGCGGAAGUUCAGCUUUCUAGCGUGACUUAGCGGAGACAGCAUUCACGUUUCAUAUGUUGGCUCAGUCGGAAAUUACCUUUACAUUUCUGUCACGGAAGCUGUUGCGCUUCAGCUUUACAGAUUGAAUAGAGCCUUAUGUUUUAGUUCGAUUUUAUUUGGCUGAUGCUUAAACUUGUUGACAUAGUUGCACGUAAUCAAAGGUUACAUGUUAGCUGUUACCAUUACAUAACCUGACAAAUGUAGCCCUAUGCGAACCUCACCAGGUGGCCGUGAUUAUUAAAAAGAAAAAUUGG